AACACAACGUUGCGUCAUUGUUAUUGUGGCUGUGGAAGCUACGACAGCUCGCGGACUUUUCGCCAUCAUUUCACCGUCUCUUUAAAAAAAAUAAAAUAAAAGUGCGAACCCGAAAACCUUGUAGAGUAAUGUCGCUUCAGAGGGACGUUUCGUCUGACGGGAGUUUGCAAGGCUCCUGGGUGGAGCUGCACUUCAGCGGGAACGGCUCUCAAGGUCCAAGUCAUCGAGGCAGCCAGGAGCAGAUCUCCACGUCCGGCCAGGAGGGCGACGUGGAGAAAAUGCUGCUGGACGCACAGCACGAGUCAGGCAGAAACAGCUCCAAGGGAAGCUCUCAGUGCAACAGCCCACUGAGAUCACAGACCCCCCUUUUUCUGUGGAAAGGCUCAGAGGGAAACAGCUCACAGUCUGAUGAAGACUUCCAAGAGAGAAGACGGGAAGUAGAAAACAUCAUGAAGAAAAACGCUGACUGGAUCUGGGACUGGUCCAGUCGACCUGAGAACAGUCCACCAAAGGAGUUCCUGCUGAGGUACCCCAAGCGCUCAACCUCUCUCAGCAUAAGAAACACCAGCGUCAUGAAGAAGGGAGGCGUUCUCUCUGCUGAUUUUCUGAAGCUUUUCCUUCCCUCAUUAAUCAUUUCUCACAUACUUGCAGUUGGCAUCGGGAUAUAUAUUGGCAAACGCCUAACAUCCCAUCACACCUACUGAAGAGAUGUUAGGACCGCUGCACAACCAGCUUGGCAUGCCUUAAAACGGGACCUGAAGACUGAGGGGAGAUGAUGUGCAGUUUUGACUGAGUGCCCCACACCAAUAAGGAGGUUCAAGACCUCUCGUUGCUGUGUUGUUGCCUCUGAACACAUCAGUGACCAGUCCACUGCUUCUUGCUGUAGUUCCUGUCCUGGAGAUUUCAGUUUUGCUGCUUACUGCACCUUAAAUCUGCACGUUGGGGAGAACUUCUUUUAAUUCACCUUUGUGAUUGAACUAAAAUGGGGUUUGAUUGUUUUGCUGUCAAAUAUUUUUGAUUACCUGCGGAAGAAGGAGAUGCGUGUGUGCAAGGAAUCACGUCCAAUAAUGACUUCCAAUUUGUACAUUAAAUCGUGACUGUAUAGUUAAAUAUUAGCCUGAUUAGUGCUCAUUUGUUCAGGAGAUAGAAUCACUGACAGCCUGAUAGUUUUACCAAUGAGAGCUUUGCAAUAAAAGGAAAGGAAUAGCUGCGGAUGAACACAAUUAAAAUUUUAUUGAACUUUGGUCAAAAAUAAUAAACAAGUGAAUACAUUGCCACCAUGUUAGGAAUCAAUGGACAAAGACAAUGCGUUGUGUUUUAAUGUCAUCAGUAUAUGUUUUGUGUAGUUAACCAUGUCUGCAUUCACAACUACGAAGAUCCACAUUUGUGAUAUGCGGUUCCAAUUUUAGGUGGCAUCCCUAAUAAAUGGAAAAAAACAAAAAGA